AUGAAAACGCCUGCCUACCCGAAAUACGAGUUCGGAUACAAAGUAGAGGACCCCCACACUGGUGACAUUAAGUCUCAGCACGAGCACCGCGACGGAGACGUCGUCAAGGGCUACUACGCUCUGCACCAACCCGAUGGUUCCGUCAGACAUGUUGACUACCACGGUGACAAGCACUCUGGCUUCCACGCUGACGUUAAGCACAGCACCCACCACAUCGUGCCCCACCACGGUCACCACGGUCACCACUACUGAACCAAACUGUGAUAUAAUACCGUUAUUGUUACACCCAAGUACCUACUGUGAUGUUAUCUUUAUUCUAAUGGUUUUUUAAAUGUUUUUUACACAUAUUAAAAGUUUAUUCGAUACA